UGGGACUUUCCUUGAACCUCACCACCUUAACAUCUCACCAAGGCAAAGUAUUUCAUACCCCAUUGUUUUGUUUAGCAUAUUACUCCGUGCCUAUAACUAAGCCGAGCCAUUACAUGUAUGAUAAAAUGGUAGCCUACCACAACCGCGGCCGCGGCGGCGACGGAGGUUGUUGCUGCUGCUGCAACCUCCUCACAUGCUGUUGCGGCUGCCUCUUCGAGUGCAUCCUCAGCUGCAUCAUCAAGAUCUUGUGUGUCGCCGCCGUCGUCGCAGCCGCCGUAUUUGCCGUCGCGUGGUUCGUCUUCCGCCGCCACGCGCCCCAGUUUUACGCGGACUCCGUCUCCUUAACCCUCCCCCACAACCAGAACAAGAGCCACGCGCCAAUCGUCAGUUACCUCGCCGUGAACGUUUCCGUCCGCAACCCGAACAGGGGAAUCGGGUUCUACUACGACAAAGUCGAGGCGACAACGACGAUUGCGGGGCAGAGAUUCUCCACCGCGGAGCUGCACCCGUUCUUUCAACGGGGAAAAAACACGACGGAGCUACAUUUGGUAUUUAAGGACCGGAACCGGACUUGGAGCGAGGAGAUGAUGAGGAGGAGAAAUGGAGGUUUUGAUAUAAGCUUGAAGAUUCAUGUGAGAAUGAGAGUGAAGGUUUUGGUGAUGAGGGUGAAGAAAGUCAAUUCCACAAUUGAGUGUGAUCUCAAAAAUGUUACAUCUUCAUCUCCUCAUGACUUUGAGAAAACUAGGUGUAACUAUCAACAUAAAUUGGACAUUUUCAAGUAGUGUUUGUUUCUUAGAUUUAUGCUACAAACUUAUUAAAAAUAUGACACCAAUGUUGACAUUAUUUUUUAUGGAUGAUUGUUGUACGUACGAAAUUAGCCCAAUGUUGUCUAGCUUGGUGUCAAUGUUAGUAAAUUUCUAGAUUUUCU